AUGAGUCGCCGGCAGCGAGGUCGGCACGAGGCUCUGGCCGCCGAAAGUACAAACCUCAAUGAGACACGGGUGCAGCUCUGGCGAUCCGAGGAGGAGGUAGAUAUGGACAAGGUGACGGCUGCCAUGGUGCUGACGAGCCUCUCCACGAGCCCGCUGGUCAGGAGUCCGCCUGUCAAAGUCAGCGAAGGUCUGAGUGGUUCUUGGAAGGAGAACGGCUCAGCUGGACCCUUCACCCCAUCGAGCAACAGCUCCUCAGGAGGCUACUGGAGCUGGUCUGCGCCCAGCGACCAGUCCAAUCCGUCCACGCCUUCCCCGCCACUUUCAGCCGACAACUUCAAGCCAUUCCGCGUACCGAGCCAGGGCGGCGCGGGGCCCGGCCCCCCAGGACUCGAGGACCCCAGUCUGGAUGAGCAGGACGGCAGCAGCCUGCUCUUUGAUGAGCCCAUCCCUCGCAAGCGCAAGAACUCCAUGAAGGUGAUGUUCAAGUGUCUGUGGAAGAACUGUGGCAAAGUGCUGAGUACCACUGCUGGCAUUCAGAGACACAUCCGCACCAUCCACCUGGGGCGGAGCUGCGACUCUGACUGCAGCGACGGCGAGGAGGACUUCUACUACACAGAAAUCAAGCUCAACACCGACUCUGUGGCCGACGGGCUCAGCAGCCUGUCGCCCGUGUCACCCUCCGUCGUCUCCCCGCCGCCUCCUCCCCCGUCGCCUCUCCCUUCUCUCGGCCAGCUGGCAGACUCCCACCGACCCCCGCAGCCGUGUGACGCCAAGGAGCCUCACACCGGCGGCACCACCCCGCUCAGCCGCUCUGCACCGAGCGCUCUAUACCUCAUCCACACAGACCACGCCUACCAGGCCACUGCUCCGGUGUCCAUCCCGUCCAGCAGCAGCACCUCAGCCUCCAACAGCUUCACCCCCACCAACAGCUUCAGCAUCUCCUGGCAGUCGCCUCCGGUCACUUUCACCGGCAACUCCACGUCUCCAACUAAAAGCCAGGGAUUCGGGGAGCAGCGGUCCCACACCAUCGCCGUGCUUUCGUCCCCUCCGAGAGCGACCGCCGCCCUCAGUCGAAAGGUGCGCGGCGAGGGGAAGAAGUGCCGUAAGGUGUACGGGAUGGAGAACCGCGACAUGUGGUGCACCGCCUGCCGCUGGAAAAAGGCCUGCCAGAGAUUCACCGACUGAUUGUACGCCGCCGAGGCAACGCCAUCUAAAAGGAGACGGGAGCGUCGUCCUGCAUGCUUCUUCAAAACAGCGCAACUGUCCGUGGAGCUCUGGCUCCGCCCCUCUUCUUCCAGCAGUGGAAACACGUGAAGGAUGGCAGAGAUGCUUUUUUCUUUUUUUAAACUGUGCCGUCCAGGAGUCCUAAUACUGCCUCACCAUUUCCCUCGUUCCCAGUUGUGGGAAACCCCAGUGCAGCUAAACCGUGUAUUAAAACAAAAAAGAAAAGCAAAUCGAUAUAAAGAUUUCUGCAUUUUUUUUUUUUUGGGUUCAAUGUUGCGUCUUUGUUUUGUUCAGCUCUGGUUUUUAAUGGGAAGUCUUGUCCAAGACCGGGUCCAGAAGGAAGAAACAAAAGACCAAAAAGCGUAUUCUUUUUUGUGUUUUGUUCAAAGAUGACAAAAAAAAAAA